AUGGUCGCUGAGGUAUUAAGCAUCAUAGUCAAUUACAAUUAUGGUUGGCCUACGUCGCCGCCUUUUAAGCGUCCUUACUUACGAGCCUUAAACCCAAUCAAGAUCUUACAAAUUAACAGAGAAAUUCUUUACUACAUCCUAUCUUUUCGCCAUAUUAAUUUAUAUUUUAUGUGGAAAAAGUUAUAUAAUACGGCCAAGCCACCACAUUUAUAUAAGGAUAUACCAUAUUCACUUAAUGGAUGCCGAUUAGAUAUUCAUCGUUCGGAAGAGAGUGUUCAAAAUAACAAUACGUUACGCCCAAUAGUCAUCUAUAUAUAUGGUGGAGCAUGGAUGUUUGGCUCGAAGCAAAUGUAUUGUGUAUUAGCUGCGAAUUUAGCUAAUUUAACAGGCUGCGUCGUUUGUUGUCCAAAUUACCUACUGGUUAAUAAGGGUAAUGUAGUUCAUAUGCUACAAGAUUUAAAGGAUUGUACUCGAUGGCUUAUCGAUCAUGGGAAAGAAUAUGGAGGAGAUCCUGAAAACAUAUUAUUCGUUGGACACUCUUCAGGAGCCCACUUAUCCAUUUUAAAUUUGAUAGAAUUGAUCAGCCAAAGUUAUUGGAAUACUGAAAGUAACAAUAUUGUACGCAAAAUUAAAGGCGUUAUUGCACUAGCUGGCGUUUACGAUAUUCCACAACACUUAUUAUAUGAGAUAGGGAGAGGUGUCGAAGAUGUAUCCGGUAUGUAUAGAGCUAUGCUCGGUGUUACCGGUUUAAAGCGCUAUUCUCCCUACUAUCUAGUUCAAGAUAUGCUAUCAAGAAGUGAAAAUACAAGCAGAAUAUGCAAUAUUUUUGGAAUUUCUAAUUUUAGUAGUCAAGAAAAAGACAGUAGUCUGUGGCCGCAUAUCAUAUUACUUCAUGGAGAGAACGAUACUACUGUCCCAGUCCAGCAAUCUGAAAAAUUUUAUCAAGUCGUUAAGGAAUUAGAUGUUACCAUUGAAUAUUGCGAAUUAAAGCACUUGGAUCAUACAAACUACAUUAUUGAUAUGAUGAAUGCCAACUAUCAAAUUCACAAGAUUAUCUCUGAAAUAAUCACGCCCAAUGUUCAGAAAAUUAUUCUUCGUGAACGCUAG